UGUCAAGGAUAUGUGAAGGUUAUACAAGGAUACGCUGAUGAUAUCAAACAAAUAUAGCGAUUGAUUUGAAUUGACGACAGAUGGUGCAUUACAACACUCACUUGUCUGCACCUUUAAAUGAGUUUUGUACUAUAUUCAGAAUAGAAGGUCAUUCUGACAAACGCUUUUAACACUCGUGCGGUUGCGGAGAUCGAGGUUCACCGAGUUCGUUUUCCAUCGCAUCACGCCAUCUCUUUCAUCAGCACGUCGUGUUGUGGUGCAUGAGAGAAUCUACAGUAUCAGGAGAUGUUAUAAGUGUCGGCCUACGUCAUCGAGGCAGCCUCCGCGUGCCACAGUAGCGACCAGCCUUUCACCGUCAGGUUACUAUGCUACCGUCCUACCUGAGGGCGUCCUUUCUUUCCAAACAGCGGCAUUUGGAGGCUGUGUUCGCAGCAAGUUACACCGGAGUGCUCGCAUUAUGCUGAAGUUUGAAAGUAAUGCCCGAGGAUGCUAAGUCGCCUGGCAAGUCUUCGUUGUGCGAAGGAGCGCGCGUCCUUUGUGCGUUCAUUCAUCAGCUGCUGCCCUGCUGCUUUGUUUUAAAGACAGGCGGUGGUCAGCCGCGUGGAGCUCAGCUGGAGGGAGAGCUGGUCAAAAUGAACCUGCACGGAGCCAGUGGAGGAGGACCCCUGGACCACCCCAGGGAGAGACGGCGCUCUGGUGAUCGCUCCAGGGAUUCUUCACACGAGAGAGGCGAAGGACAGCUGACCCCCUGCAUCAGGAACGUCACCUCACCCAUACGCCAGCACCUCAGCGACCGUGAACGGGAUUCAGGCUGCUCAUCGCGCUCCACGAGUCCCAGGCCUCAGAAAGCAUGCAUUUCCAGCCUGUUCUAUGGUGAACCUCAUGGUAAAACCCACAGCUCCGACAUGAUCUACGUGUGUGAAAACGUCAAGGAGGGCCCUCGCAAUUUGAGGACUGCCGAGAGAGUCACUCUGAUUGUAGACAACACUCGUUUUGUGGUCGACCCAUCCAUCUUCACUGCCCAACCCAACACCAUGCUCGGCAGGAUGUUCGGAUCUGGACGGGAACACAACUUCACGCGUCCUAAUGAAAAGGGAGAGUAUGAGGUUGCUGAGGGAAUCAGCUCCACCGUGUUCAGAGCCAUUUUGGAUUACUACAAAUCAGGGAUAAUCCGCUGCCCUGAUGGGAUAUCCAUCCCAGAGCUGAGAGAGGCAUGUGAUUACCUUUGCAUCGCCUUCGACUACAGCACCAUCAAAUGCAGAGACCUCAGUGCACUCAUGCAUGAGCUGUCUAAUGAUGGCGCCCGGCGGCAGUUUGAGUGCUAUCUGGAGGAGAUGGUGCUGCCUCUGAUGGUGGCCAGCGCUCAGAGCGGAGAGAGGGAGUGUCAUGUGGUGGUGCUGACCGAUGAUGACGUGGUGGACUGGGAUGAGGAGUAUCCGCCGCAGAUGGGAGAGGAAUACUCACAGAUUAUAUAUAGCACAAAACUAUACCGUUUCUUCAAAUACAUUGAGAACCGAGACGUCGCCAAGUCUGUUUUGAAGGAGAGAGGACUGAAGAAGAUUCGAUUAGGCAUUGAAGGUUACCCAACCUACAAAGAGAAAGUAAAGAAGCGGCCCGGUGGGCGUCCUGAGGUCAUUUACAACUACGUCCAGCGGCCCUUCAUCCGCAUGUCUUGGGAGAAAGAGGAAGGCAAAAGCCGACACGUGGACUUCCAGUGCGUGAAAAGCAAGUCCAUCACCAAUCUGGCCGCAGCUGCCGCAGACAUCCCUCAAGAUCAGCUGGUGGUGAUGCACCCCGGGCCUCAGGUGGACGAACUAGACAUCCUCCCCAACCACCCUCAGCCCAGCCACCAUUACGAUCCUGAUCCCGACGCCUCGUCCCCGGCCAUCUGACCCUCUCACACAGACACACACACACCCACACAACGUCACCACUGGAACACUGCAGAGAGAGGCCAGCCAAGUCCCGCUGCCAAGACCGCAUUGCCUUUCAAGUUCUCUCCCGCCUUAAGAGUCUCAAAGACGAUCGCUGCGGUAGCACAUGACCUUUGGACACUUUGCCUUUCUUUCCCUCAUAGAACUCAACCAAAGGAGGUUUUUGUAUUUAAUUAGACACUCAAAGUCGAUAAUCACUCCUUUGAUUAGUAUCUGAAGAGAUUGUACUAUGUUGUGGUAGCUACUGCUGUUUAACUUGGCAAUAAAAUGGAGCACAAUCCACUGGAGCACCCUGCGAUGAAAUGAGAAUCCCUUCUGGUUUUGUCACGUGGACGGGGCGUAACGGAGCACCUGUGGAGCUUCACUGUAAUGCAUGGCCUCUGAACGAGUACUGAAGUGAUGUCACAUGUUUUUAUUGUACCGUACAAUUCAUUUUGUUGUUAUUUGUAGCUGCAGUGAGGUGCAUCAGGAGAGACGUUCCUCUUGCUCGAGGAAUGUUAUUUUAAUAAACACGAUCAAAUCAG